AUGUCGACGGGUAGCCGUUCCUUCCAAAACCAAUCCUACGAACCCCAACAACAACAGCAACAACUCCACCAAAGGUUUACUGGUGGUGGUGGCGGCGGCGGUGGGUACGGUGAUGUCCAGGAGGAGGACGGCAGCUCCCCGAGGAGUUCGUCCGGCGGCUACGGGUCCUCAUGCAACAACUACCCCACCACCAAUCCCGCGCAUCACCAGCAGCAGUCCCACCGACCACCACCGCCGCCCCUACCCCUGGGCAUGUCCGCCUACUCACCGCCCUCUGACACCUAUCGGAAUUAUUACCAUGGCAACGCCUCCAUGACUGCGGCGGCAGUAGCAGCCGCGGCAUACAGUUACCACUAUCACCACCAACAGGCU